AGUCGGUAGGAAUUUGUACUGAAUGAAGUGCGGAGGGUUCGCUGGGUUUGAUCUGCGAGUGGGAGACGGUCCAAGGGCUAUCACAAUGAUUAGCUGGAAUGUAGGGGUAGUCCUGUCUCUUGCGGUAAUUUCAGAAACGGCUGUCCUCCCGACACAAAUUCAAAUUAGCCAAGAAUUGCCUCUUCGUCUGACAGGAGCCAUUCCAGCCUACUCCUGCCCUCUCUUCUGGACGGAAUUCAAUGGAUACUGUUUCCGCUUCUUUCCUGAGACCAAAAACUGGGCUGAAGCUGACCUGUAUUGUGCUGAGUUUUCAAAUGGACUUAGAUCAGCAAAAUUAGCAUCUAUUCAUAGCUGGGAAGAGAACGUGUUUGUUUAUGACUUGGUUAACAGUCGGGUUCCAGGCAUACCUACUGAUAUUUGGAUAGGACUCCAUGACAGAAGAGUGGAAGGCAGUUUUGAGUGGACUGAUGGGACAACAUAUGACUAUAAUUAUUGGGAUGGCAACCAACCAGAUGAUGGGACCCAGCUGAUACAGGAAGAGGAGGAUUGUGUGCAAAUAUGGUUCCGGCAAAACAGUGCUCUGAGAUCCUGGAAUGAUAAUCGUUGCAGCCGUGAAUUUCCAUUCGUUUGUAAAAUACCCUCUCUGGAGAACAACUAACCAGCAUAAGGAGCUUUGGCUGUUUGGAAUUCAUCCUGAAAGUGAUUUCUUUGGAAUCGGCAGCAUUGACUCAAAGACAUUGUAGCCAAUUGGGAGGAACAAUGUUGAGGUUCUGAUCAAAGUGCCACACCAUUAUAACAUCAUUACUGUCUGCUCCAUGUAGCAAAACAGCUUGGUCUAUCGUCUGUUUUUUGACUUAUUUUCAGGCUUCAAUAUAUUGUAAUACUUUUCUUAUGAAAUAGAUUAAAUUGUAUAUGGCUAAACACCAAACAUCAAUAUUCUUAGAAUAACUCUAUUUGAUUUUUGAAUAGUAAGUAAAAUUUGGUUUACACGUAUGUAUUAGUUAGAUAAUUGUCAUUAUCUUAUGUUAGGUCAUUUAGCUACAAACCCACUAAAAUAUGUAUUUGAUUAAAAUUGAAUCAAAACAGCUCAAAUAUACAUGCAUUCAUUUUCACAUGGUAAUUAAAUCCCAACAAACCAGCCACUUGCAUUGACCUAGACACAAAUUCCUCCCUUAUCCUGGAGUAAAUCUAUCCUCUCCUUAGUUAUCCUUUUUGCUUAAUUUAAGUAUAAAAUGCUUUGGGAUUCUCCUUUAUCCUGCUUGCCAAGGAUAUUUCAUGGCUCUUUUUGACAUUCCUAAGUGCCUACUUGAGCUCUUUCUUGCCAUCUUUGUACUCCACAAGGGUCCGUCUGAUUUUAGGAUUCUUUUACGCAUUAUUGCCAACUAAAUUUAGGACCUUCUGGGUCAUUCAAGAUUCACUUACAUCCUGGUCCUUCAUCCUUACCAGAACAUUCAGCCGAUCCUUAAACAAUUCCCACAUGUCAGGUGUGGAUUCCCAGUCAAUGGUCAUUAGCUCUUGUCUUAUCCUGUUGUAAUUUACCUCCCCAAUUUAAUACAUUGCUGAAAGAUCUGAUUUUAUCCUUACUCAUAGCUAUCUUUUUUUUAAAUUUAUUUAUUGAGAUACAGUGCAGAAUCGGCCUUACCAGCCCUUCAAGCCAUCAAUCCCCCAAUUUAAUCCUAGCCUAAUCACAGGACAAUUUAUAAUGAGCAAUUAACCUACCGGUAUGCCUUUGGCCUGUGGGAGGAAACUGGAGCACCCAGGGGAAACCCACGAAGUCACGAGGAGAACAUACAAAUUUCUUACAGACAGCGGCAGGAAUUGAACCCGGGUCACUUGUACUGUAAAGCGUUGUGUUAACCACUACACUAUUGGGCUGCCCAAAACAAAAUGAGUUGUGGUCACUAUUGCAAAAUGUUCAUCCACUAUCAGGUCAAUCAACUGGCCUGGCUCAUUUCCCAAAACUAGAUCCAGUAUGAUUUUUUCCUCUAGUUGGACUCUCUGCAUACUGUUUCAAGAACGUCCCUCAGAUACAUUGCAGAGAUCCCAUCCCAUCUAAGCCUUUUGCCUUUAAAAAGUUCCAAACAAUACUAUGGUAGUUAAAAUCCCCUUCUUUAAUAACCCUGUUGUUCCUGCAGCUUUCCAUAAUCUGCCUACAUAUCUGUUCUUCUAUCUAUAUUGCCAUAUAAUCCCAUCAGAGUAAUUGCACCUUUUUAAAAAUUUUGGAGCGCCACACAAAUUGUCUCUGUGGAUGGGCCCUAGGGUAUGUUUUCUCUAAGUACCAUUUCCUUAUCAGUAGUGCAACGCCGCCCUUUUUUUUUACCCCCUCUCUAUCAUGUCUAAAGUGACAAACCCCUAGAGCAUUGAGCACCAUUCCUGUUCCUCAAGAAACCAGGUCUCUGUAAUGGCAACGCUGUCCUAUUUCCAUGUACUGAUAUUGAAACUUAACUUUAGUACAACAAACAAACAUAACAUUUUCACUUACCAUUCAAACACUAGGUAAAGUAUUUUAAUGGAGAGGGAGGCCGUAUGGAUAUUACCCUUGGGUUCUAAGUAAAAAUCUGGCAAGAACUUUUAUUGGUGAUGGCUGCCAGAUAUUGACAAGCUGUCUAUCUGCCCAAUAGAACAAUCUUAAUCUGUUCCAAAAGAAAAUUCUAGUUUGAUUCACUAUUCCGUUGGAGAAUUAUGUACCAUUGUUUUAAAAAAGACUUUAAUUUUCAGUGUUUUACAAAACAAUGGUAAGCAUAAACAAACAGAAUGAAAAAAGCACUAAGAGUCAUUAAUUAUAUUUACAACAGGUCGUAGACAAUCAUCAACGUAUUGUAUAAUUUUUUGAGAUUAUAUUGACAGCAUUCAUUUGAAAAGUAGACUAUAUAAUUCUUGGCAGUUUUGAAUCAUUUCAUUCUUUAGGAAAAGUGAAAAGCUAUAAUGUUGCUUCAUUACACUGUACUUUUUAAAUGAAGGAUUCAUACACAAGGGUUGUUUUCUAUAAAAGUCAUGACUAUUCAUUUAGAAAUCUUCUGGGUAGACUAACUGAAACACCAUUAACCAACAUGCAGUUCUAAUAAUUUUGAAAGGCAAUAAUAUUUCCAGAAUGCAAGUAAAUUUUAUUAUAGCAAAAAUAUUCAAGCUAAAAAAAAAUUUUUUUAAAUUUAUUAAGCGCAGGACAAAAUGACCAGGGCAUUCUUUCAGUUGACUUAAUAUGCAAUUGCAUAACUGUUAAAAGAACAUAGUAGUGAAAUAAAUUCAGGUUUUUUUGGGCUGAAUUUUUUGUUCCAUUAUAGGUAGCAUCUAUGUACUUUGAGGUAUGUCUGGCCAUGGUCAUCUGUUACAGUUCAAAAUCUACUUCUGUUGUCCAUCCAAAUACAAGCGAAAGGAGAAUCACCCUCCCACCCAUCCCACAGCAGCAACCCCUUUCAGCUGCACUUAUUACUAUUUUGUUGCUAAAGCUUCUGAUCCUAAGUCAUCUGCCCAAGUCCAGCUGCUGAAGGUCCCAAGACUCUUCAAGUACAGUUAAAUAGCUGCCAAGCAGUGUUAUAAAAACUGUGACAAUUGAAAACCAAACAGUUUGUGGGAAUAUUGUUAUAGUGUUAUUUUUAAUUUAUUUUCUAUGACAUGACAUUUUUGUAUAACUCCAUACUUGUAGUUUAUAUGGCUACUGAACAUUGUGAUUUGUAGAUGUUUUACAGUAAUUGAGAUGCGGUGUGUUGUUUAAAAGGCUUCUAUAGCCAUGUGGCCAACA